CCAGGGCCGGCUCUGCGGCGGCUGGAUCGGAAGCCGCAGGGAGGAGGAUACAGGGAAAUAAAAACGACCGAGAAUGACCUCCAGCAAGCGAGCCUGAGCUGGGCCCCGUCCUCCCGCGCUACCUCGUCCAGCCCCCGCCCUCUCCAGCUCCGGCAUGGGAGACCGAGGGCAGCAGCCUGAGCGCUCGGCCCCGCGCCCGCACCCUCACCCUCCGGGGGGCCCUGGCGGUGCCGCGGCCUUGGUGAACGGCAUCUUGCACAACGGCUUCAACCCCCCGGCGCCACCGGCGCCUCCGCAGCUGCAGCAGCGACCCUGUGGCAGCAGUAGCAGCAGCAGCGCGGAUCCCCGGCCCCAGCCGCAGCCGCAGCCGCAGCCCGACGGGCCGCCGCCGCUCCACGACUCCCCGGCCAAGAAAUGCAGGCUCCGGAGGAGAAUGGACUCGGGGAGGAAGAACAGGCCGCCCUUCCCAUGGUUUGGCAUGGACAUUGGUGGAACACUGGUUAAAUUGGUCUACUUUGAACCGAAAGACAUUACAGCAGAAGAGGAGCAAGAGGAAGUAGAGAAUUUGAAGAGCAUAAGAAAGUACUUGACUUCUAACACAGCUUAUGGGAAAACUGGAAUCCGAGACGUGCACCUGGAGCUGAAGAACCUUACCAUGUGUGGGCGGAAAGGCAACUUGCACUUCAUCCGAUUCCCCAGCUGCGCCAUGCACAGUUUCAUUCAGAUGGGGAGUGAAAAGAACUUCUCCAGUCUUCAUACUACUCUCUGUGCCACAGGAGGUGGGGCUUUCAAAUUCGAAGAGGAUUUUAGAAUGAUCGCCGAUCUGCAGCUCCACAAGCUGGAUGAAUUGGACUGUUUGAUACAAGGGCUGCUCUAUGUUGAUUCCAUCGGCUUCAAUGGCAAACCCGAGUGUUACUAUUUUGAAAAACCCACAGAUCCUGAACAGUGUCAAAAAAAGCCUUACUGCCUUGAUAAUCCAUACCCCAUGUUGCUGGUUAACAUGGGCUCAGGUGUUAGCAUCCUAGCAGUAUAUUCCAAGGACAACUAUAAAAGAGUUACAGGGACCAGUCUUGGAGGUGGAACAUUCCUAGGCCUGUGCUGUUUGCUGACUGGUUGUGAGACCUUUGAAGAAGCUCUGGAAAUGGCAGCUAAAGGAGACAGCACCAAUGUUGAUAAGCUGGUGAAGGAUAUUUAUGGAGGAGACUAUGAACGAUUUGGCCUUCAAGGAUCUGCUGUAGCAUCAAGCUUUGGCAACAUGAUGAGUAAAGAAAAACGAGAUGCCAUCAGCAAAGAGGACCUAGCCAGAGCAACUUUGGUCACCAUUACAAAUAACAUUGGUUCCAUUGCUCGGAUGUGUGCCCAGAACGAGAACAUUGACAGAGUGGUGUUUGUUGGGAAUUUCCUUAGAAUCAAUAUGGUCUCUAUGAAGCUGCUAGCAUAUGCCAUGGAUUUUUGGUCCAAAGGACAGCUAAAAGCUCUGUUCUUGGAACAUGAGGGCUACUUUGGCGCUGUUGGGGCCCUACUGGAAUUGUUUAAGAUGACUGAUGAUCAACAAUGAUGUCACCUGGACAAAAGAUGGGAAAGAUGCCCCUGCUGAGGCUGCUGCUGGGGAAAGUGAAAGCCACGAUCGAAGCCAUUUUGGCGGGUCGUACCUGCUGGAUUUGUAAAUAAUCUGAAAUCCUUCUAGCUGAUCUUUUACUCUUGGGGUUUUGAGCAUAGAAUUCAAACUUCACAUGGGGAAUACAAGAGGUUUUUUUUUUCUUCCUGUAUACUGUAUUUUUUUUUAAAAAGGACAAAAUGUGCAACGUGGCCAAAUGUCCCAGUUUUAUGCAUUCAUUUUAAAAAGCUGAAAAAUGUUUCAGAAGGACCUGAAAUGUAUUAGCUGUGUUUUUCUUCUGGGGUUUACUGAUCAGUGUGGUAAUUUUAACUUCAUUUAGUAAUCACUCUAGGAGAUUUUUAUCUUGACUUAUAUUUUUCAUGACGUUUCAUGAUUUGCUGUUGGUUUCAAAUGAAACUACAAAGCUAGCAUGUUUUACUGUGAAUGCUUUUUUCCCUUUUGAGUUUAUUGUUUUUGUUUUUGUUUUUUUUUGUCUCAUAUUUCUGUCUGUGAGUAAAUGUCCCAUGGAAGGAGAGCUAUCUCCCAAGCUCAAUUUCUGUCCUCUUCCUCCACAAUGAUUUUUUCUGUAAACAUACAUUCACAUUACCCAAGGAGCUGACCACUCCACUGGUUUAGCUUUAUGAAGUACCCAUGCAGUGAAGACUCCAAACAUCACAGAGUCAGAGGCCUAGAAGGAACCUUAGACCAUAGAGUGUCAUAACUAGAAGGGACCUAAGUCUAGUCUCCCUCAUUUUACAGGGAAGGAAACAUAGACCCAGAGAGGAAAAUGAAUUGUCUAGUUUUGCAUUCUAGUGACAGAAGUGGGAUUAUAAUACAGUGGUAUAUACAACAAUUAUUAAAUGCCUGCUAGGUGCAGAGUACUUUUCUAGGCUCUGGGAAGGAUAAACUUUUGAUAAGAUAGGAUUGGUCUAGAAUGUGGACAACCAAGUCAUCCCAUUCCCAGACUAAGGCUUCUUCUCUUCCAUAUUAUAUUAAAAGACUGUGGCAGUAAGGAAUAGAUGGAACAUUUUUGCCUUGCCCCCCUCCCCCCAAAUCUGCAGUAUUAAGUGAGAAUACACCAAAGAUCUUGGAUUCUAUCCAGAGUAGGAAUUCUCACUGGUGGUGCAGAUGACAGCCAAUCCAUGACUUAGUUUAAGUAAGUCCUAGGGAGUUGUCUCAGACACACAGAAGUUACAGCUGGUAAGUGUCUAAGUUAGGAUUUGAACCCCGGUCUUUCUGAU